AUGGCUCCCGUAGACAACAGGUCGCCCAUCUCUGGGCAGCCAGUGCCGCCACACUACGUCCAUGCGAGCGACUGCCACUUCCGCCUCACCGACGGCCGCACCAUCCUCCUCCGAGGAAUCAACCUCGCCGCCUCUACCAAGACGCCGCGCGGGCAGCCUGGGGCCAAGCUGGAGGGUUUCUGGGAGUCGGCCAAGUCGGGCGAGAUGAGCUUUGUCGGCAGGGUGCUCGAGCUGGACGAGGCAGACGAGCAUCUCGAGCGGUUGCGGAGGUGGGGGUUCAACUGCUUGCGCUUUGUGACGACCUGGGAGCAGAUCGAGCACGCUGGACCCGGCAAGUACGACCAGGACUUCCUCGAUUACGUCGUUGCGCUCCUGCGAAAGUGUAGGGAGUAUGGCUUCCGCGUCUACAUGGACCCCCAUCAAGACCUCUGGUCUCGCUUCUCUGGCGGUUCAGGCGCUCCUUACUGGACCCUCCUCGCCUGCGGCCUCGAACCGCAGAACUUUACUCGCACUCGUGCUGCCGUCAUCGAGUGCGAGUGGCCCGACCCCGCCUCGCCUGACCCUUCCGCCUUUCCUCCGAUGAUCUGGGCGACGAACUACUCGCGCCUCGCCUGCCAAACCGUCUUCACCAUGUUCUUCGCCGGCCGCGACUACGCUCCAAAGUGCAUCAUCGACGGCGUCAACAUCCAGGACUGGCUGCAGUCUCACUACUUCAACGCCUACCGCAAACUCGGCCAGGCUAUCGCGCAGGCGGGCGACCUUCUCGACGAGACGGUCAUCGGCUGGGACUCGAUCAACGAGCCGAACGCAGGCUACCUCGGCGUCGAAGAUCUUGGUCAGCACGGCAAGGACAGCGUCCUGCGAGUUGGGCCGAUGCCGACUGGUUUCCAGGCGUUGCGGAUGGGCAUGGGCGAGAAGAUGGAGGUCGAGAACUGGAUGUCGGGUCCGCUGGGACCGAAGCGGGACGGAUCAGUCGUCGUCGACCCGCAGGGGACGGUCGCUUGGCUGUCGCCCGAGGCUGAACCGAACGGCAAGUCGCCCUGGGGAUGGCAGCGAGAUCCAGGCUGGAAGCUCGGCACCUGCAUCUGGGCGCAGCACGGCGUCUGGGACGUCGAGUCGAAGACGCUGCUCAAGCCCGACUACUUCAACGUCUACCGCGGCGAUGGCGGAGCGUCGGGUCGCCACGUCGAAUUUGGCGCCGACUACUGGCUGCCGCAUUGGCGAGCGUGGGCGCCGGUCGUCCGCAGCUUCCACCCCGAGGCGAUUCACUUCAUCCACAGCCCCGUCUUCCAGGUCCCGCCCAAAAUCGACGGACCCGAGAUCCAGAACCGCGCCGCACACUCGAGCCACUUCUACGACGGCUUGACGCUCGUCACGAAGCAUUGGAACUGGUUCAACGCCGACGCAAUCGGCAUCUUGCGAGGGAAGUACCCGUCGGUCGUCUUCGGUGUCAAGGUCGGCGAGGCUGCGAUCCGAAGAUGCCUGCGCUCGCAGCUCGGCGUCCUCCGGCAGGACUGCUUCGACGCGCUCGGCAAGUUUCCGACGAUGAUGGGCGAGAUCGGCAUUCCCUACGACCUCGACAAGAAGAAGGCGUACAAGGACGGCAACUACGCCACGCAGGUUCGCGCGCUCGACGCCAGCCUCAACGCCUGCGAUGGCAAGAACAUGCUCAACUAUACCGUCUGGAACUACUGUCCCGAUAACUCACACGAGUGGGGCGACAAGUGGAACGGCGAGGACUUGAGCGUGUGGAGUCCGGACGACGCCGUACAAAUGGUCAAUGCGCGCACCGCCGUCGGUCGACGAGCGCGAGCACUCGGCAACGUCAACCCCGGCGAGGGCGGCAUCAAGGCGAAGCGUGACUCUUCCAGGUCUUCGUCAGGCUCGUCGGGCACGGUGACGCCGCUGGACGACCCGCUGCACCCGAUCAACCUCAACGACGGGUCUCGCGCCCUUCCCGCUUUCGUCCGCCCUUACCCGGUCAAGACCGUCGGCACUCCCGUCUCGCUCGAUUUUGACAUCCGCUCGUCGAAGCUCACGCUCGAGAUCCGCGUCGACGCGAACGACGUUGCCGACCCGGACCUUCCUACCGAAAUCUACAUCCCGCUCGCCCACUACGCCGCGCACCCCCAAAAGGUCAGCUACCACGUCAAGGCCGCUUCACAGGCGCAUCACCCCGGCGGUGCCGUCCGUCAUGCCGCAGCUGGCAACGUCUCCCCUAACGACCUCGGCAAGUCGAGCGACGAAGCGACCGACCUCGCUGUCAAAGUCAAGGUCUCCGCUGGGCGGUACGAGGUUGACCGCGACGCUCAGGUUCUCAAGUGGUACUACCCGCGCCCCGCUUCGGGCUCGAUGACCGUCAAGCUCGAGCUUCAGCGAGACGGAGGUCCCAUCCCGCUGUGGGUAACGCAGUGGUACCGCAGCGGGUCGGAGCGCGCUGGGCUGCAAGAAUGGAACGGCAACACCUGUUCGCUCGUCGGCGUCACCCUCCUCGGCGCCGUUGGAGUCGCCUACACGGCCGUCUCGUUCUGCAGGAGUUGGUGA